AUCGACAAAAGCGCCCAUUCCACAUUUCAAGUCUAACCACUUAACUCUGCUCUCUCGUCAUCUUCCUGUUUCCAACCAGAGCUUUUCACGAGAUAAAAUCUUGUCGAGAGGAUGUCGAAAGAUCUCACUUUCGAGGCAGUUCGCCUACCCACCGUCGCUGAGAUCGAGGCCGCGACAGAAGUCCUGAGCGCGGCAGACACAUCCGCCAAAGUCGUCCGGGUAAACAAGGAUUUCGCUGUGAAAAUGGGGCAUAAUGUAACCAUAAUUGAGGCUGAAAACAUGAAGUAUCUCGCAGAGAAUAGCAAAGUGCCAGUUCCCAAAGUCCACGCCGCCUUCAAGGACCCCGACACUAACAAAACCUAUAUCAUUAUGCAAUAUAUCCCGGGUGAUACUCUCCAAAGCUUAUUGCCAUCCCUCAGCAAGACUGAAAAAGCGACGAUAUGCAGCCUGGUCAAAGCUGCAGUCGCUGAACUACGGAGUAUACCGCCACCAGAUUACUUCGGAAUGCUGAAUCGCCAUCCUUACCUUGACGGGGUGUUCUGGACUGAAGGUCUAGAUCCUCGGAUAUCAGGGCCUUUCGAAAAUCAGGAAGAAAUGAACCUUGCAAUCAUCGAGAAACUGCGCCAGACAGGAUCAGACCAGUAUAUCCGAUUAUUGCGGAAUAUGAUUGACCGGACUUUGAACGGCCACCGCAACGUUUUCACUCACGGUGAUCUUCAACCGAAGAAUAUAAUGGUUGAAAGGCUCGGGGAUAGUGAAGGGCAUCUGGACUAUAGGAUCAGUUUACUGGACUGGGAAAGCGCUGGGUGGUAUGACGAGUCCUGGGAUUUUUGUAACGCUACAAUCGCCUGUACGUUCAAGCCCGACUGGCUUGAACUUGUGCCCGAUAUACUGGACCAGUACCCGAUGGAAUUCCUCAUGAUGCAGGUGGUGUAUUCCUCUGUGUAUUACUAGGUAGAUGGAUUACGUCUAUGUUUAGUUGUACAGCUGGCAUCCUUUUUGUAGCUCCCAUAAUGUCCCCUUAUCCUUUCAGCCAAUUCUAUCAGGGAAUAUACUGUCUGACUCUCGAGCUUGUGGUUUCUUCAAUUUAUGUGUAAAACAAACAUAUUUUCUACUCCUCC